CAGCCUCUUGCUAACUGUCAGUUCAUCCCCCCCUCCUCCUUUGCCCUCCCUUCUUCCCUCCUCCUCCUUUGCCCCACUUGUUAACUGUCAGUCCAUUCCCCGUCUUCCUUUGCCCUUCUUCCCACCUCCUUCUUUGCUCCUUCUUCUCUGCCCCUCCUUUGUCCCCCUUCACUCCAUUUCCCAGUUCAUCAGGGCCCAGAUGUGCAGGAUCAUUUGUACAGGAGGCAGCCAUCUCGCAUCACUUUGGAUUUAUGCAUUACGCUUUGUCUUUAUCGGUGAGAGCGUUUUGAGCGACUGUUGCCUUAGAACAGAACUCCAAAAUCAGAACAUUAAAAUAUUUUCAUUUUUAAGGAACUGACCAGGAUUUAUGUACGUCCUUUGGAUAGUUUAAUUCAACAAAUCUCGAAGAUUGUCAGGGUCUCUGCUUCAAGUCAUGACAGUACUUCGGUCUGGCAACUAGUCAUUCAAGCAUCAUACAUAGGAGGGAAUGUGGUCUGAGUCACGAUCACAAUGUGGCGAAAGAAAUCAACGGGGUCGCUUACAUCCUGAAAGAACACAACAUGCUGAAUCUGCAGAUUUUCAAAGAUCGGUGCAAGUGAUGUCAAGGAGGCAGGAUUAUGAUCGCUGUGGUGAUGGAGGAAGAGGUGGCAGCACAGGCCGUGAAUAUAAUUAUUAUAGCCAUUCUGAGGAGUAUCGAGGGUAUUCUGCUGACAAUCGUGAUUAUGGACAUGGUCGACGGUUUGGUCCUUCACCCAAAACUGGCUCCUGGGAUGAUGAAAAUUCCAGGUGGCCCAGAGAGGAUCAUUCAGAAAAUAGACCGUCCGAUUAUAGGGGACCGAAGACAAAGAGAUAUGCUAUGACUUUUAGGGAUAACUUCAGAAGAAAGAAUUUCUAUUCCUCUCCGCAUGUCCGAGAGCGUUCUCCUCAUAAAAGAGAAGUACCAUACUCCAGAAGAGAAUCUCCUCACAGCCGUUCUGGAUCAAGUAUCAGCAGCAGAAGUUAUUCGCCAGAUAAAAAUAAGCAGCCAUCUUCUCAUCAGUCCCAGUUCAGCAAAAAUAGAGAAAGAUCUUCUGUUUCUUCUUUGAACCCCUCAAGAGAUGCAUCUCCAUCUAGUUCAGUGCCAUCAGCUACGUCAAAGGCUGCAAACUUUGAAAAAUCCAGCAAAACGUCUGAGAACCUGAAUAAGGAUGGUGUAAGUGAAUGGUGUUCUGAACAGCAGCAGAUUCCAGAGCUGGAAAUGAAUGAAUGUGAUAAUAUUGAUCCUGUUCAAAUGGCGUUUCCAGAUAAAUUGGAUGAUCUAGAGAUAAAUACACGAAGUGCUGUUGAUCUUGUAGAUCUAAACCAAACAGACGUUCGCGCCAGAGCAAUUGCUGAGAAAACCAAAGAGAUUGAAGAGGUUUAUAGACAAGACUGUGAGACCUUUGGCAUGGUUGUUCAGAUGCUCAUUGACAAAGACCCAUCAUUGGAAGCUACAGUACAGUUUUCACUAAGAGAAAAUUUGCGUGAGAUAGGGGAACGUUGCAUCGACGAGCUGAGAAACUUCAUCGCCAAAUAUGAUUCAGCUCCUGAAGAGUAUGCAAAGAACUUAUAAAUCGACAGUUUGAAUCCCUGACAGACUGCAUUUGUUCCCAAGCCCAUUUUCUAACAAUUGCAAUACAUCUUUUGUUCCGAACAUAGCAAAAGAAAUUAAGCAACUCUGCCUGUUGUUUAAGUAUAUUUAAAUUUAUAGUUCAAGUUGCCAGUGCAAAAUCACUUUAACAUAUAUAAUGAGCAAUAAAGUAAGUCUAUAUUGGCCUCUAUAAUACAUUCCUUGCAUAAUGAUACCUGUAAUUGUAAGUAUGUUUCUGAGACCAAUAUGGGUUGAAUUUGGAAAGUGCUUCUUGGUGUAAAAGAACCAUGUGGAAUAUCUCCAACUGAAAAUUUGGGAAUAUCUGGGGUCAGGAUCUACAGUCAUCUCUUGUUUUGGCUGUGAGACUUUUGCCACCAGACCAGCGAGGAAAAUAAAGUUUCAAAGUAUGUGAUGGCUGAUGUUUUUGUACCAUUUCUGCAACUGGGUUCUGAAAGGUAUAGAAAAAUGUUACUUUGUGUCUCCUGGUGACUGACUGUAAAACAGUUGCAACUACCGUGGUUAUGAAUUGGACAGAGCAACAAAUUUUGAUUUGUGACUUGGGUUGUAGAACAAUGUUUGGCUUCUGUACCUUGAACUGGAGAAGGCCAAGCUUUUUGAUUAUAUGUUCACUCCUGUCAGAGUAUGCAUGUGUACAUGCCACGUACAGCAAAAUUACAUUUGAGGAGGAUGUCUUCAAAUGCCAAAAUGAUCUGUGACUCUUCCUCCCUAGGGUUGUACUUGAAGGUUAGACGUUUGGGUGAGAAGCAUGAGAGCAGUGUUCAUAGGCAGGCAACCUAGUCAGUGCCUUGAAAGAAAGAAAAGAAGUACUGAUGUUAAGGUUAUUAUAGGGCAGAAUUCUAGAAUAUUCCUAUAAGUGAACUCUUUAUUUUUAUACUGGGGACUAUGCUAUUCUUCAUGAUUUGUUAAUUAUUUUGUGUUGGCUUACUCCAUCAAUUCAAGAAAUGCUUUAUGUAAUAUUAGCCACAUAAUCAGUCGUUUGAAAGGUCUCUGUUGUACAGAAAAACGUUUUUGUGUUGAAAAGUCCAACCUGAAACCCCGAAGACCAGCUAUAGCAAUCGAAAUUCCAUUUUUCUGAGCUUACAAUUUUCUAAGUUCGUCAUCAAUGUUACCUAUUAGAUUUCUACACCGAAGAGGCUUUUAUUUGUAAUUAAAUGUAUUAGUAUUUUAUAUAAAUGAUCAAUUGUUCAAAACCAGAUUCUGUUUUCACUAUUAAAGUGACAGUAAGAUUAUUGUAGCAGCUUGAUCAGCCUUAAUGCACUUAGUGAUGAAGAAACAUGAAAUGUUUUAAUGUUCAGAUUUAAGAAGUCAUUGUUAACCCCAGCAUAUUGUUUUUCUGUCUUUUACGUGCUUUAGGACAGAAAACAUCAUAACUGUUUCAAAAUGUAUUGAAGAAGUUAAGUGGGUGUUGCCAGUGUUCAAAUCAUUCUGUCGACAGUGGAAUUUAUUUUAUAAGCUGGUUUGGUUGUUGGAAUGAAAGUCUCCAUUUUGUAAUCUGUAGAUGUCCUUUGUAAAAUAAAUUUACUCAGCCACAACCCAGUUCUUAGUGUGUGGUGUCCGCAUCAUAAUACUGAAAUAACUUGGCAAAAGGUGACCACUUUUUUCACUCAGAAGAGUAGCUGGCGGGUUUUUUUUUCUGAGAUUGGGUUAAGAACGCAGUCUUGAAGCCAAAGGAGCUUUCCUCACCAUGUUACAUUUUAUGCUUGUUCUUGUUCGAUGUUUCAUUCUAAGCCAUUUUUCUUGACUUUUUUUUGUUAGUCGUGGUUUGCCAGUACCUUCCAAUCUCACGGAGCACUGCAAGAUGGCAGGACUCAUGUCUGUUUCCGCUGGAUCAAGAAUCAAAUCUGCGCAAAAGCAGAAGUUGCUGGAAAAGCUCAGCGGGUCUGGCAGCAUCUGUGAAGGAAAAGAUCAAAGGAAACGUUUUGGGUCUGGUGUCCCUUCCUCCGACCCGAAACAUUACCUCUGAAUUUUCCUUCACUGAUGCUGAGCUUUUCCAGCAACUUCUGUUUUCGAUCCUAAUUUACAGCAUCUGCAGUUCUUUCAGUUUUUACCAAAUCUGCACUGUUACUUUUAUUGUAAAUCACUUGACGUUUAAACAACUGAGCUAAAAGGCCCUCUUUCCUGAUAGCUAAAUGUAAAAAUAUAAACAACUUAACAAUUUCCUAAGUUCAUCAUCAAUGUUACCUAUUGGAUUUCUACACUGAAAGUGCUUCUAUUUGUAAUACAAAGUAUUAGUAUGUUGUGAUGUUUUAUUUUCAUCAACAGAAGCGUUGACCCAAUUUUAAUAAUUUUGCAUGUAAGACCAGGAUGGUCUGGAGUUAGCUGAUCAGUUAGAGCGCCAGUAGAGGUGCUAUAAUUGAGCUUUGCUUUUCUGGACAGAGAGAGGAAAGAUCAGUUCAAGUUCCCAUUUCUGAUGCAUAUUAGGCAAUAUAGGUGCAAGUCACUGUGGGCACAAGAGCUCAUCAGUCAUGAUACUUCCUUUAAUUAAACAGCUUCACUUUCUUGGCUGACUGAUUAAGCACAUUCCAAUCGAGGUUUGCAAAUACUCAUGACAUCCAAACAAAGCAAAAGUCAAUGUUUUCAGAAGAGAAUAAAAUUAAUAUUAGCUUUGUCAGGAUAUAAAUAUCACAAAAGUAAGACUUGAAUAUAUAUAUGUACUUUUGGCUGGAUCAUCAGAUUAGCCAUUAAGGAAGACGUUCAGAUAAGUUAUGUAUUUCGUAUGUAAGUUUAUAACCAUGUGAAAUGACUGGGCUCUUGUAAGUAAAUCUGAAACAAACAGAAAGUGCUAAACUCAGCAAGUCCUACUGAAGUCAAAACAUUAACACUUUCUGCACAGCUACUGCCAGACAUGCUGAGUUUCUCCAGGAUUUUCUGCGCUUGCUUCAGAUGAUUAGCAUAUGUAGUAUUUUGUUACUUGUUAAUAAAUUUUAUCCUGUUACUGUAGUAUAUUGCAGGUCUGAAAAUUUUCAGUGAGUUUUUCAGUGCAUUGUAUCUGGCAAACCAUAACUGCCAGAAUAGUGGGGGCUGAGUAUUUUCUUUUAAAAACAUUUUAUCCCUUCAGUUGUUACAUAUGGCAUGCUCUUUCGACUUUGCUCAAUGACACUGACAGAAAAAACACAUUCUGGAUCACAGAAUUGAAGUACCAAUUUGCCAAUAUUUGGACAGACAUGCUAAUUUAUAACAUUGCAUUGUAUCAUGUCAGUUGGUAUAUAUACUCCAGUAAAAGAAGAUAAGCCAAAUAUAUGGAGUUUCAAAGUGAGAAGGGUAUUUGCUUUAUGUGUGAAACUAUGUUACUGCCAUUAUACUGUCUCAAACUUGACAACGUCCUCUCCUGUCUGUAGUGUUGUCACUUGUUUGUUUGGCUUCUGGCUUUAAUCCCAUAAUAUGGAGUUCCCUUUUCUUUGGACUCAAUCAUAUCAAUUUUCCUGCAGUAGUGUGAUAAAACUGAGACACAGGGCUGGGUUUGUCAUGCCCCUGGAAGGUGUGUGUUUAGCAGGGUGGCACAUAAAAUAGGUUCAGCGGCUAGUCCACAAACUUCUCACCCAUCCCUAAGCUAUCCUGCAAUAUUAGGAGUGGGAGCCAAAGUCAGCAACAUGCUAGCCAUAUUUAAUUAGUUAAGGAUAAAUUUAGUUUAUUAAGGAUUAUGCUGCCAAUGCCAUAAUAUGGUUGACUUCGCAGUUGGGUGCAAUCCAUUUUUUUAAAAGUUGGGGAGUACCCUAUGCCCUUUCUGAAUGAUGUUGCAGCCCUUUUGUUGGUAGUUGACACCCAGCUCUCCACACCCAUCUUCCUCUUCUGUUUGAGUCUUCCCCACUAAAUGCCUGCAAUGUAAUCUGUGACCAGGAUCCAGUUGGGGCCAUCACUAUGGAAUUACUUCCAAUUCCAGCAGUACUGUCUACCAAGCUAUUGAAACUGUCAGGAGUUUUUGGAGCUAGACCCUCUAGCCACCUGUUCCAGACGUAACCAGUGAGAAGCAAAAUUCUGACUUGGCAUGAAUGUAGCCUAACAGAAGCAUGUCACAGCUGAAGGACAGCCUCCUUAUCAGUCAGUCUUUCUUUAUGGAGGAGCCAGCAGUCCAAACAAUAUAAAAGCCUGCCUACAGACCUUUUGCUUGGAAUGAAACUCAUAUGCCUUACGUGCACACAAAUAAGUGAUUACCAUACAAACAUGAAGUGACCAUAGAGUCAUAGAGGAUGUACAGCAUGGAAACAGACCCUUCAGUCCAACACGUCCAUGCUGCCAGAUGUCCUAAAUAAAUCUAGUCCCAUUUGCCAGCACUUGGCUUAAGUAACUCUAAAUACUUCCUACUCAUGUACCUAGCCAGAUGCCUUUCAAACGUUGAAAUUGUACCAGCCUCCACCACUUCCUCUGGCAGCUCAAUUUUAAAAUUUUCUAAAUACCUUUAUGAUUUUUGAACAAGGAACAAUUUCUCAGAAUGUAGUUAUUCUAGAGCAUAGUCCUGAGAAAAUCUCUGGUGUCGUUGGGUAGAAUCAGCCAUUGAUUUCGCAUUGGUUUCCUUUUGGAUUUAAAAUAACUUGUUUGUCUGAUCUGGACCCCAAAAUUCUCCUUUAAAAUGUUUCAAUCACUUGUAUUGCUUGAGCCUAUAUCAUUUACCAGUGAUGUUUGAGUAAUUACAUGGAAAAGACUUAUUCACUUGUCCACACUGGAUAUAUGAUCUCAAAACCUAACAAGCACAAAGGACUCAGGAUAACUUAUACAUCCCAAUCUGAAAAAGUGGUAAAACCUGACCACCUGCUUAUAAAAGCUGACAGUCCAAGAACGACUUUGAUUAUAAUCCUGUGACAUUUGAAACUAAUAGUUACAUAGAAUUGUAACUCAAGUUGUGUGUACACCCAAUAUUGUUUUUCUUGGAUUGGAAGAUAAAAUAUUACUUGUAGGUGAAAGACUGAAGAGGAAAAAGCAAAUGGCAUAAAACCUCUCCCUUAUCUGUAGGGAGGGUGCAUCCACAUACUUGCUUCUCACGUAUUGAAGUUUAAUUAUUAACUAAAUAUUGGUUCAUUUCAGGUAUAUUUAUUUUCAAUAUUUUAUAAUCUUUUAAAAAUGUAAUGUUUUAGUAUUCAUUCAGCAGACAAUAUCACUUCCCAAAGGAUUUCUUCAGUAAUUUCUUAGAUCAAGCUACCAGCUCCAGUUACAGGAUUUUAAGAACACAGUUUAGAAUCUAGCAAUCUAGAGAGACAAUCCAUUGUCUAGACUCACACUGAGGGAAUGCUGCUUUGUAGAGAGUGCUGAAUUUGUGAAACAGAAAUCUUGUCUGUGCUAUCAAAUGGUUUGAAAGUAUCCUGUGGCACUUUGAAAACAGCAGAAAAGUUCUCCCUGGAGUCUGAGGCAGUAGUUAUCUCUAAACAUCACUAAAACAAAGUGGGCAAUGAGUUCAAAUGUGCACAAAUAUACAAAAUUGAAAAAUGUCUGAAUCUCAAUGACAAGGAAAUCUUUCCAAUUUACCCCUUGUGCUGUCAGUGAUGAGCUCCAAAUCUCACUAAUAAGCAGUAGCUGCUAUAUUUCCUUGCAUUUGCGACUCAUUAUUAGCUAACUUUACUUCAGUUCUAUGCAGCAUGCAAUUUUGCCAUCCUUGUCCUGAAACUAGUUAGUGACAAUUCCCAACUUAAAAGUUAGAGUGAUGACUUGGUGGAUGUCGCUUGCCAUUCGCUCCUUCAGACCUCUGAUUUUAGAUCCAUCCACCCACCUGGCAUUGGCUAAAGAACAUUUGAUGUCUGCUUCCAUGUUUGUUCAUAGAAAUUGGCAUCAUUGAAACACCAGCCCCAUCAUCUCAAUGUCACUCAUUUCAGACUAAUUGUGAUGAUACUGUGGCUUUAAGAUGUGUAUUUUCUACUGGUUCUUUUUAUCAAAGAGAAGUUUUAAGGCAGAGUUGUGGAACUGUCUAUUGAAAGCCCUUAAACAGCUUGUGAAGCCUUAGGUUUUUUUUAAUUCGUACAAUAGAAGCAGCCUGAGUGGGCUGAGUCGAACUCACACAGAAUGAGGAUUUUUAGUUUUUCAGUAGCAGUUGCUGGGUGUUGAACCUGGAUAGAAACUUCAGUACAUCUCUCCCUGCUGUUCACUAUCUCUGAGUUUUCUCAAUGUUUUUCCUAUCGCUGCUAGAAUUGCAUGUGAGACAAUCUGUUUUACUGCAUUUGCCUUUUGCUCAGGUUGGGUUUAUGGGAUGUUACUAUGUUAGAACAGUUACUAUU